AUGUGGACUUCGCGCGAGCAGCGGCCGCGCAAGGUGACGCCGCCGUCACCUUCGUACAUGAGCAAGGACCAGAUGGCCAACUACCUCGCCGACUUGCGUACUAACCGAACGCCGCGGCCUGGAGGUGCCCGACCUCAACCUUCGCAUCCUACGGAACCGUCACGAUCGCUCGCCGGACGAUUUAGCCUCGAUGCUUCGUCACUACAAUCACAAACUAGCAAACAACCCGAUCAUAAACGCUUACCUUCUCACGCACCGAGCGUCGGCGCAUUCAGCAUGUCAUCUCGUUAUUCUACCAUAAGCGGUCGGGGCCGGGAUUAUUAUCCAAGCAAGCCCACUGCAACGGGUCCCCUCAAGCCAUCCGAAGUUGUGCCUACGGCCACCUACAUGGAACGAGGUCAACGAUGGAUGGAAAAGGAAGAAGCAUUCUCUCUCCGCGAUGCUAUGGAGCAGAUGGAUGUACGGGACAACACGGGACGUGAGACCCCAGACGAUGAGAGCCGCAUAUAUCAGGCUGCCCUGGAUGAAGCUGCGGAGCUGGUUUGGCAGCAUCAAAACGGAGGCGGUGAAGCCCCCCGUCCAGAUGGUCCUUACCGCUACCGCCCGCAUCUCAGAAAGAACAGCUAUGCUCAUGCUCGCACCGCUAGCAUCGGUACUUACGGCAACGACAUCGUUUCUACGGGCAUGCGACGUGACAUCGGCUACCGCUCUGUAAGCAAUAGUUCGAACGAGAGCGAAGUCAACAGAUCCAGCAUUCGUCAGUCUUCAGAUCUGAGCCAAACUAUCGUUAUUUCCAGCGGUCGCGGCAGCCAGCGCCGCAAGACCUAUGGUGGCAUUGGACUCGGCAGUGCUUCAGGUAGCAGACGCAAAAGCAGCAUGAACCGCAACAUCAGCGGAGAGGUCAACAAUCCCUUCUCUGCAGAUCAGAUCUGGGAAGAGCCAGGUACCACGCCCAAACGGCCGAUUUCCGAUAUGGUCCCCCCGUCGCGCCGAACUCUUGCCAGUGCGACGCAGAACCCUGCAGGCCAGCGUAAUCCUGCCGUCAUUGCCGAGGAUCCUAUGGCAAAGCCUCGAAAUCGAGUUGAAAUUCAUCAUAACCCUCCCAGCCAAUCUCACAACGGUCUAUACACAACCAAUGCACGGACUACUUCGCGACAAGAUGAUCUGGUGGAACGCAAGCAUGGGGUUGAAGUUCGCAGCAAGGAUAUUCGUGAGGCAACGAGCAUGCGACUGAAGGAUCGAAGUGCAAGGCUUCCCGAACCUAGUGCCGUUAGCGACAGUCCGGGCCGGCCCAUUGUAAGCUUUGAUACCAAUUGGAAGCCCGCGGGCGACACCACUGAUGCCAAAUCAGGCCGUCAGGCAAGUCCGGCGACGACGUUCGACAGGCGGAAAUCGCAGCCCCUCCCGGGCUGGAAGCUGGUGGAUGUCCCUUCGAUCCUUGUUCCUGGGCAAGGCUCACCGCGUAUCCAACCACGGGCUCAGCCGCGGGUUCAGCCGCCGGCUCAAGCAGAGAUCCCUACCAUGAGCAUAGGUGGUGAUGGUGGCUCUUCAGGCAGCAAAUCUAUCCCAACAAUCGACAUCCCGACGAUUGCUGUGGAUGAUGGCACUCAUAGCGGCGGUUCCGUGCCUACCAUCAACAUCCCGACUAUCUCUGUGGGUGACGACGAAGGUGCUUCAACUGUCAACAUUCCCAUGAUUGUCACCCCGGACGACGAAGCAGCUACCAGCAAAUCCACCGGCAGCAAGUCGGUUGACAAUGCGAGGGUACUUCCGACCCCCGCGUCCCGCCAUAUGAAGCAGCGUCUGAACUCAAGGCAGCGUAGCCAUUGGUCUCCUGCGCCAGACGCUAGGUUCCGAGACAAGACGCUAUGCCAUGAGUGCUCGUUUCCCAUUGAAGGUAGAUUUGUUGCCCUGGCCGGCGUCUCCGAGCGCUUUCAUCCCCAGUGCUUCACAUGCUUUACGUGUAACAUUAGUUUGGAAGCUAUGGAGAUUAGUCCCGAACCAGAAGUCGCGAGAAACGCACGGUUAGACCGCAUCCAGCGCCGGCGAGCCGGCGAGGAAAUCGAGGAGGUGCCCGGCGCGACCGAGAGAGAGGACGGGGACGAGCGCCUCCGAUUCUACUGCCACCUAGACUGGCACGAACAAUUUGCACCGAAGUGCAAACACUGCAAGACGCCGAUCCUCGGCGAGCACAUUGUCGCGCUCGGCGAGCAUUGGCACUACGGGCAUUUUUUCUGCGCCGAGUGUGGCGAUCCCUUUGGGCACGGCAUGACGCACAUUGAAAAGGACGGCUACGCGUGGUGCAUCAAUUGCCAGACGAAGCGGACGGAGCGCCGCGCGCCCAAGUGCAAGCGCUGCAAAAAGGGCGUCGUCGGCCAGUACAUUCAGGCCCUGGGCGGCGAGUGGCACGACGAGUGCUUCCGCUGCGCCGAGUGCAAGGGAGGGUUUGACGACGGACAGGUGUUUCCUCGCGAUGACGGCAGCAUCUUGUGCACAAGCUGCCGCAUGAUUGAGCUCAAGCGAUGA